AUGCCGGUCGGCCCACAGCUGCAGCAGCAGCAGCAGCAGCAGCCGUCGCUUUCUCUGCUGCAACAGAGCGUUCCGGCCGCGCCGCCUACCGCCGGCGGCGCCGGUUCCGGCGCCAGCACCGCCGGCGGCGGCGGGGGCGGGGGGCAAGAGGAGGUUAAGACGCUGUGGGUGGGCGAUUUGCAGUAUUGGAUGGACGAGAAUUACCUCUGGAACUGCUUCGCGCACACGGGCGAGGUGAGCGCGCACGGGCGAGGUCCAGUCAGUGAAGAUAAUCCGCAACAAGGCGACGGGGUGCAAUCAGUGAAGAUAAUCCGCAACAAGGCGACGGGUUACAGCGAGGGGUACGGGUUCGUGGAGCUGUCGUCGCAUGGGGUGGCGGGGAGCGUGCUGGGCAUGUAUGCGGGCACCGCCAUGCCCCAGACCGACCAGCAGCCCUUCCGACUCAACUGGGCCAGCUUUGGCAUGAACGACCGCCGGCAAUCGGACGGGCCGGAGCACAGUGUGUUUGUGGGCGACCUAGCAGCGGACGUCACGGACCUGCUGCUCACUGAGACCUUCCGCGCGCGAUACCCCUCCGUGCGCGGUGCCAAGGUCGUCAUGGACAACACCACAGGGCGCAGCAAGGGGUACGGUUUUGUGCGGUUCGCAGCGGUGGAGGAGAGGGACCGUGCGCUGGGGGAGAUGAGCGGGCAGUACUGCUCCUCGCGCCCCAUGCGCAUCUCCAUCGCUACUCCCAAGAAGGCCGCUGCUUCCUCCUCUUCUGCCUCCUCUGCUGCUGCUGGCUCCUCGCCUGCCACGGCUGGGCUGCUCUCGCGAGUGCCAGUGGGAGUGACACCACAGCAGGCACAACUGCCCCACCAGCAGCAACACCACCACCAGCACCAUCAGCAACAGCAGCAGCAGCAGCAGCAGCAGCAGCAGGGAGGGGGGCACGGGCACGGGCACGGGGGAGUUGAUGACCCUUCUAACACCACUGUGUUUGUGGGGGGGUUGGACGCGAGUGUGACGGAGGAGCAGCUGAGGAGCGUGUUUGGAGCCUUUGGGGAGCUGGUAUAUGUCAAGAUACCCUUUGGCAAGGGCUGCGGCUUUGUGCAGUUCCGGCAAAGAGCGCAUGCAGAGGAGGCCAUUCGCAGCGUGCACGGCACCAUGAUCGGCCAGCAGGCAGUGCGGCUGUCGUGGGGGAGGAACCCCACUGGCAAGCGGCCCCAGCAGCAGUCCUCAGGAGGCCAGCAGCAGAAACAGCAGCAGCAGUCGCAGCAACAGCAGCUACAGCAGCAGCAGCAGCAGCAACAGCAGCAGCAGCAGCAGCAGAUGUGGGGAGCGGCAACAGAUCCCAACAUAGCAGCCGCGGCAGCAUGGGGCCAGCAGCAGCAGCAACAGCAGCAACAGGUGGCAGCUGCUGCUGCUGCUGCUGGGUUCUACCCGGCCCAAUACGGCCCACCGCCUGGGGCGUUUGAUCCCAAUGCUGCAGGGUUCGAUUCCCAGGCUGCAGCAGCGUAUGGACUACCCCAGGACCCAACAGCCGCAGCAGCCGCAGCAGCAGCGUACAUGGGUUACGCUGCAGCAGCAGGUUACAACAUGUACGGUGCUGCUCCUGCUGCUGCUUACGCACAUCCAGGCAUGGGAGCCCAGCUCCCUGCUAUGUCUGCCAUGCCCCACCAGCAUGCCCUGGCUCUGCAGCAGCAACUGCAGAUGCAGCAGCAGCAGGUGCAGAUGCAGCAGCAGCAUCUGCUUCUGCAGCAGCAGCAGCAGCAGCAGCAGCAGCAGAUGGGGCAGCAGGUUGUGGGGGGGGGUCCGCUAGAAGCGGGGCAGCAGGGGGAGGAGCAAGGGCAGCAGGGGCAGCAGGGAGGACAGCUGGUGGGAUUGGGGGGUGAGGUGGUGGGGAUGUCGGAGCAAGGCGGGGAGGAGAGGCAACAGGGGGGAGGAGCAGCAUUGGAGGUACGCCCUACCUAA